UUUAACACCUGUAUAUUUUUCUAGUGAGUAAUUCGUCCAUGACGUCAUAGAUUAGAUUGCCAUUCACAAGAACUAGAUAAGAAUUCAACAUGGCGGCGACGAUAAGUUGUGGGAUCGCGAUUCUGCUGGUGACACUGUUUGGAGUUUCUGCAGAGUGUCCAGACGGGUUUACAAAACAUGGUACAUCCUGCUAUACCAUCCUCCAUGCGAAAGUCGACUGGAGUCAGGCAACGGUUGUCUGUAAGGAAAUCAAUUCCCACCUACUGGAAAUAGAUGAUGCUGCUGAGGAAAGUUAUAUACAUGGUUUCCUGUCUCUACACUGGCGUGCGUACGAUCCAGCCGAUUUCUGGGUCGGGGGAAACGACAUUUUAGAGGAGGGCAGUUGGGAAUGGGCGUCAGGGAAGGCAAUGACCUACACGAACUGGGAUGAUGGUCAACCGGACAACGGAGGAGACAAUGAUUAUAACGAGCAUUGUAUGGAAAUAUCUCAUGGAGACGCUUGGAAAUGGAACGACCAGGAAUGUGACGAGGAGCGAAACGUUAUAUGUGAAAUUCCGAUAACGGACGUGAUUGGAGGAGGAGGAAACCCCGGACCAAUCGGCUAGUCGUACGUGUGUCACGUGACGGUUCCCUUUGUGUUUAUUGUACUGCACAAAUAAUAUUCCUUUUUGUAAAAGAUUUCUAAGUUAUA